CCAUGACAGCCUUGUUAUUGUUGUUGUCGUGCUAAUCCUCUCUAGUGGUGCUGGAUGCUGUAAUGGUUAUAUUGAUUAUUAUACUGGCGCUGCCUGAAACAUAAUCUGCUUUACUUUUAGGCCGCGGUUUGUUUCAGUAGAUUUCAUUGUAGAUCAAUAAUAGGCUACUUUGUGCACAAAGGCGCGGGUUGGUUCUCCCUCUCAGUUAGCUAACAGUAGCUUGCUAGCUAAUGUUUGUUAACGUUAGCAAGUUCGCAGCAAUUAACGUUACGUUAAGUUCCACAUUAAAGACAACUAAACUAGCUAGCUAACUUGCUAGUGUGUCAAGUGUUAUUGACCCACGGGCGGGAGAAAAUGACAAACCUCUGCCAAAAGAGCAAGUGGGGCAAGGAAUCACAGGGAAGCGCGGUGAGAGAGGACAGUCGGGGACGCAUGAGCCGAUAAAAACGGAGAAAAGGAUGAUUUCGCGAUACACCAGGCGGCCCGUAACGCACAAUCUUGAGAUUCGUGGCUUAUCCCGAAGCAGCCUUGACCAUCACCCUCUCCCAGAGGAGGUAGACGAUGACUUCCUCCCCCAGCACCUCCUCCAUGACCUUCAGGAAGCUGUCUCCACUUACAACAGCUCGGAGACGACGUCUGCAGCCGCGAGCCGUUCAGACUGUCCAGCGGUCACCACUGGAGACACAACGCGGUCCUGGUCUGGGAUCCACAGCUACACAGGGACAGGUAUCUCUACAGAGAGGAGCUCUGUCUUCUCCUGGGGCUAUGAUGAGUUUGACAAGGCGGCGUCACGACAGGUGCAGCAAAUGUUUGAGGAGAUUGACGAGGAGCUUUACGAAGGGCAGGGUGGGGCGCAUCUACUGGGGCUGCAAGAUGAGUGUCAUCAGUGGGCGUUCAGGUUCCCUCACCUACGGAUUCUGGGUAGUCAGCUGGUGUGUCCCAGUGACGAGGGCUUCCAGUGGUACGCCACCUCAGGGAAGGGGACUGGGACACCCGCCAGCACCACUGCAGCUGGACAGAAGGACAGCAGCAGUAGCAAGCCACAGGAUAAGGACAAGCCCAGCCCCAGCACAGAUCUGUGUGUGCAGGGGAGAAGGGCUGUGCUGUCCAGGCCCUGUGCGGCAGUUGACCACCCCCCUGGUACUCCCAGUGGAUCCAGAGGUCAUGACAGGCCCAGGGUGAUCGAGGCUGAAGGCCUGAUGGAGGAGUACCUGGCCUUUGACAGCAGGGACCUGGAUGACGAGUGGGAGCGGGGGUGCAUGGGGGCUGGUCGGCGGCGGAACUGCCUGCCUCCGGUGUCUCCCUACCGCUGUCGCAGACAGGCGGCCUUGGACUUGCUGUUUGACGACGUGUGGCGAGAGCUGGUUGGCUGGAUGGAGGAGCUGGUCCGCAGGCAUUGGGAGGGCUAUGUCUCAGAUGAUGAGAAGACUGCAGUGAACUUCAGCUCAUCACAGUCAGAUGCUGAGAAUCCUUUCCUGCUUCUGUCCAGACUUCCCACCCUUCUCCCCAGGCUAGGCCAGAGCAAGGUGCCCCAGCUAACAGGCAGCCUGCAACCCCAGACCACAAAAUCAAGGGUCUCAAAGCACAAGUCCAGACGGAAAUCCAAAAAGCAGAAAAAGCCAUCCACUUCCAGUCGGGUACCAGUAGGGGCAGCGGUGACGCAUCACAACCUCAACGACCUCAUUGUGAUCCACGGCAUCCCCCUGCAGCAGAGGAACAUGUGCGUGAUGGAGAGAGCCCAGGACCCUGAGGAGAGGGUGGUGGUGACCCAUCGGCCAGGGUCCAGUGUGAUCCCGUCCAGCAAGCCCCGUCCUCGCCGGGCGCUAGAGCAGAGCUCCUCCUCCCUGUCCCGUCCGCUACAGUCAGCGCUACGCCGUAACCCGCCCCAACGCACCCUCCUGCCCUUGGUUCCCUGCCUGACACAGUCCAGCGCUGCCGGCUCCAUGGAGGAGGUAAUCCGUGGGACGCGCCUACCCACAGCCAGUGACUGCCUGGCCUCGCCUCUGAUGCCUCUGAGCAGGAACACACUCCUUCCCCCCAUCGGCACAGGAGAAGCUGAGCCCACGCACUCUGGACAGCACUUCAGACCUACUCAGCGGCACAGAGGCUCGUCCAGUCGUGCCCACAGUGCUAUUACAGAUGAAGCUGGUAGUUUGCUUCCUCGGGAUCGGCUUCAUCAGUUGGACGUAUUCUCCCGUCCCAACACCACCCACACCUACAGGUCGGACACCCCUUACCGCCGCUCCUUCACAGUGCUGGACAACAUUGGACAGGGACGUCCUGGCAGGGAAUCUGUGGGUACAGCAGACUCUUUGGGCAUCGGAGUGAUGGGCAUCAGUCUGGGCAUCAGUCUGGGCAUCAGCAGCUCCUCCUUCCUGGACUCCUUCAUCCACCACCCCUUGGGCCACUCCCCCAUCAAGGAUGAGGAGGAGCCUGACACACAAGGCCCUCCCCCAGCUCUACUGGUGCCUGUGUCAGUCCCAGCACGCUCCUACAACCGGGGGGGCUUCACGUCCCGCAGUAGCAGACCUGGGUUGUAGCUCCUUCGACCGGUCAUCACUAGUUAACACAGCCACAAAGUCAUAAUUACGUUUAAACCCCGCCCAUUUCUACAAUUGAUCUUCUUAAAA